AUGGCCGACACACAGAAGCCUGCCGAGGUGCCCCAGGAGACUGCCGUCACCGAGCCGGUCGCCGAGACGAAGCCCGUCGAGACUACUGCCGUUGAGACUACCGAGGCCGCUGUCUCUGCCCCGGUCGUCGAGGCCACACCUGCAGCUGAGGCUGAGGCCGCCGCCGCUACGGAGACAGCUGCCGCUCCGGCCGAGGAAGCCAAGAAGGAAGAGGUGAAGCCGGUCGAGGAAGGCCACCUUGAGCACAAGGGCCAGGGUGCCAACUUCCCCAAGAACUUCCUCUACACCAAGCAGCUCUUCUGGUUCGGCUCUGAGCCCGUUGACCUUAAGUCCAUCAGCUCGUUCAAGGCGGACAAGGUCACCGAGGUUGCCCACCAUGUGACUUCGUGGGCUGCCGAGACUGGUAAGGGUCUUCUCUUCUACAGCGAAAAGGGGGACAAGGCUGCACCCCACGGCGCCAUCCACCUGGCCGAGGCUUCAGAGCCUACUGUCGAGGGCUCUAACAAGUUCCACUUCACCGCCAAGGGCCACAAGCACACUUUCAAGGCUUCCAGCGCCGCUGAGCGUGACAACUGGGUCGCUCAACUGAAGGCUAAGAUUGCCGAGGCCAAGGAGCUUGCUGCCACAGUCACCGAAUCUGAGACCUACAAGAAGACCCUCGAGAGCCUGAAGCCCGCUCCAGUCAAGAAGGAGGAGAAGGCUCAUAUUGCUGAGCCCGCUACUGAGACCGCUACUGAGGCCACUCCCGCCACUGAGGAGGCUGCUACUGCCACCGAGACUGCGGCCACCGAGCCCGCCAAGGAAGAAGCCAAGAAGGAGGAGGAGAAGACGGAGAAGGAGCAGCCUAAGCGCCGCUCUGCUAGCCGUAAGCGCACCUCCAUCUUCGGCAACCUGCUCGGUAAGAAGGAAGAGAAGAAGGCUGCCGAGCCCACUGAGGCCAAGCCCGCCGAGGCUGAAACCGCGGUUGUCGAGGCGCCUGCUGCUCCUGCCACCGAGACCGCCGCUGAGACUGCACCCGAGCCCGCCGCUGAGGCCGCUCCUGUUGCCACCGAAGCUGCGGCUGAGGCUAAGCCUGAGGAGAAGGCCGAGGAGCCAAAGAAGGAGGAAGAGAAGAAGGAGGUGACUGAGGCCCGCCCGGCCCACAUCAAGCGCACCAGCAUCUUUGGUGGCCUGUCUUUCGGCAAGAAGAAGGUCGCGGCUCCUACCGAGCCCUCUCCCAAGGAGGAGACUCCCGCCACCACUGAGGCUGUCGCUGAGACCGCUCCGGUGAUUCCCGCCGUCGAAACCACCGAGCCUCUUUCCGCCGAGGUGGCUUCCCCUGCUACCGUUCCCACCGAGACCGUUGAGGCUACUCCUGCCACCAAUGGCGAGGCCAAGAAGGAGGUGAAGACUGAGAAGCGCAAGAGCUCACUGCCUUUCGCCUUCGGCAAAAAGAAGGAGGGCUCCACCUCUGAUGAAGAGGCUGAGAAGCCGAGGUCGCCGUCCGCUUUCUCCAAGCUCCGCGCCACUAUCAAGGGCAAGGGCAAGGCUGAGAAGCCUGAGAAGGCCGAGGAGAAGACCGAGGAGACGCCCGCAGUCCCCGCCGUCCCAGCGACCGAGACAGAGGUCAAGGCCACUGAGUCUGCCGAGGAGGCUGCGAAGCCUGCCGAGGCCGAGGCCACCACCGCUGCUCCGGCUGCCGCCGAGGAGGAGACUCCGGCCAAGCCCCUGGAGGCCACCCCGGCUGUGACUGCUGCCGCUUAA